UUCAAGUCUCGGGUUACUCAGAGUAGAAGAAGAGGAACAAGAUGGCGGAACGAGGCUACAGUUUCUCUCUCACCACAUUUAGUCCAUCUGGGAAAUUGGUCCAGAUUGAAUAUGCCCUGGCAGCGGUAGCAGCCGGAGCUCCCUCGGUUGGCAUCAAAGCUUCAAAUGGAGUUGUCUUGGCAACAGAGAAGAAACAGAAGUCUAUCCUGUAUGAUGAGCAGAGUGUCCAUAAAGUGGAGCCCAUCACGAAGCACAUAGGCAUGGUCUACAGUGGCAUGGGGCCAGACUACAGGGUCUUAGUGCGACGAGCCCGUAAACUGGCACAACAGUACUUCCUGGUUUACCAAGAGCCAAUUCCCACUGGUCAGCUUGUCCAAAGAGUGGCCUCUGUCAUGCAGGAGUACACACAGUCUGGUGGUGUGCGUCCAUUUGGCGUGUCAUUGCUGAUAGCUGGGUGGGAUGAGGACCAACCUUACCUGUUCCAGUCAGACCCCUCUGGUGCAUAUUUUGCUUGGAAAGCCACGGCCAUGGGAAAGAACUACGUCAAUGGAAAAACAUUCCUCGAGAAAAGGUAUAACAAUGAUCUGGAAUUGGAAGACGCCAUCCACACAGCCAUCUUGACACUGAAGGAGAGUUUCGAGGGUCAGAUGACAGAGGAGAACAUUGAGGUGGGGAUCUGUAAUGAAGCCGGCUUCAAACGACUCUCCCCAGCAGAAGUGAAAGACUACCUGGCUGCCAUUGCAUAAAUAUGCCCUGCAUGGUGUGGAGCUCUCUGGCCACAUUUCAAGAUAAAGACGCAGCAGUGAGUGUAGUAGCCAAUAGUCACAUGCCAGAUUACUGCAGUAAACACCUAACUUCACUAUAUUUUAGACACUGGAAGCAAUCAGACCUCAUUACUUGGUGGUGUGUGUGCAGCUAAUUCAGCCACAAUUCCCAAAAGCGUAGACCAAACUUGAGUGGCAGUGAGAUGCCAGACUCGUACCAGUACUUAUUAGUAUAUUAUUAUACAUGUGUAAUGUGACUGUUGGCUACUGUGCAUAUGUAAAGAAAUGUGGCCUCUGAGUGAAGUCUCAAGUCUUCCAUUGAAUCCUUCAAUUUUUUUUCUCUUCACAUGGUAGCACCAAUAACUUCAGUUUAUAAAUGAAGACCUGUUUCAGUGUAUUCAACAUUUAAAAUUAUCACCAUUGAUAACAUUGACAAAUUAAUCUGGUGUGAAGAAUUAAAUGGAAACAAGGCUGUUUGAGGCCAUUAGGAAAAUCCCGUGCCUCACGUGAGGAAGUAUGAAGGAUACAAUGAAACAUGAGAUUUUACUGUCAGGGUCUGGUUGUCUGUACAGCAGUUUUACACGGUGUACCCCUUUUUUUCAGACUAGAACAAUUCUAGGGUUUGUAUUUUCUCUUCUGUAACCCAUUGUAUUCAAAUAAAAGACAAUGGGAUAAUUUUGA